AGUGACUGUGAGUAUCGGACUACCACACUUUGUUAUUGAACCACAUUGUUAUUGAAAAGUGAACUAUAUGUUAAUCCCGAAAUUACAGUUUGUAACUGUAAGUAUCCGACCACCACGCUCUGUUAUCCAGUAUUGGGACUAGUACAGAUUUGGAGAGCUGGAUGCACAUGACGUCACUGUAACUGAUAUGUAAUUAGCCAGUUAUCUAUCUAUAGUAUAUCUUGACCUAUAUCACCACACGAUGUCAUUCUCGAGUUAAAGGUGUUGGGAUCAGAAUGGAUAGAGUAAAAUACACCACCAGUACAAUGUAUUUAUAUAAAAUGAAGAUCAUUUGGAUGUUGAUGUUACUAGCGAAGAACACAUCUGGACAAACUGCAACAUUACAUGGAGAUUCACCAUUUGCGGUUUUGGGAAAACCAUUUGUUUGGACAUGUGACACGGCAGAUCUUCCAGGGGGUGUAACGGGCACAAGCUUUAAUCUGAAUAACAGUAAAGUGUGUGAUGUGUUAAUCUACAGAUACCCUACAUCUAACUGCUCGAAAUCUUCUGGCACAGAUAGCAGGAUCACCUGUGGCUGUCGUGGAUCUAACAUCAGUGCAUUGUAUCUGAGUAUAACAUCGUCUUUUCUAGAAGAUACUGGAAUGUGGUCGUGUAGUUUAGAUGAAUAUUCUCAGUAUAAGAGCUCCGUGGAACAUCAUGUAUAUUAUGGUCCAGGUUCAUCAACUACGUUAAACAUACCAGAAAGAUUUAAAUCUGUAAAGGAAGGAAGUUAUGUAUUACUAGAAUGUAGCGCCACCUGUCUUCCGGCUUGCCAGUACUUGUGGUACAAAGGGGGCCGGUUAUUGGUCAAUACGUCUAAGUUACAAUUGGAUAAUCUACAAGAUGGCGAUACUGGAAAGUAUACCUGUCAGUCCUACAACCUAGUCAGCACCAAUACAACUAUGAUCACCAUACUCGUUCUGGACGAACCCCAACCGCCGAGAGAUCUAAAACAUGUUUUUAGUACACAGGAUACGGUCUGUUUAGUUUGGAGGGCCGGUGAUGAUGGCGGAGCAAGUCAUGAAUUCCAUAUUCAGUUUCUUAAACUUAAUAAAAUGUCAACAAAAAGCGAAGCACCGUUUGUUUUAGAUUGGAAAGAUAUCGGUGAUGUGAUCGAUAAACCGGUUUAUGGGGGUCCUGUUUCAGCUUGUGUCAGGAAUCUAGAACCAGAAUCGACGUACUACUUCCGGGUUUAUGCUAGUAACGAGCAUCACACCGGAAAUCCAUCUGCGUCCAUUACAACUUCCACCAAUCUAAAGGAAGAGAUGACGUCAGAUGGACUAUCUUUUGGAUCUGGUAUUGGAGUGGGACUAGGUUUAGGUCUAGGUUUUCUUGUCGUCGGCAUGCUUGUAGGUGUUUGUUUGGUCAAACAUCGCCGUCAACGAUCCAGAGCAAAUUAUGAUAAUACAGAUUGUACAGUUUUGGUGAAUUAAAUGGCUUCAGGAGUAAAUUGCUGUCUGUAGAGUGUUAACAUGGGGUCAGUUAUAAAGGGGGGUGACUCCAGCAGUUUACGUUACAAAUUAUUUCAGAAUCCAGAGAAAAUUAUGAUAAUACAGAGUUAGAAGUAAAUCGCAACCUAUAAAAACUAUAACAGCAUGAUUGCUGGAGUGUUAACAUGAGAUUUGUUACAAAGGGAGGGGAAUCCGAAGAAAGUCAACGAUAAAAUUCAAUAGGCAACACAACAGAUACGAAUAGUAGGGUGCCCGACGAUUAAAAAGAGCUAGCCAUUCUUGCUAUAAUAGUUCGAAAAUAGAUAAUGUAAAAUGAAUAAUUGAAAAUUUCAUUCAAAUUACUCUACUGCGAGCGAAGAUAUUAGCAUUUGAAGGUUUGACAAGACGUGUGCAAUAAUUUCAACCACCACACUGGUUGUUCGAAGCUAAGUCUCGCUCCUCCAUGUUUAGCUUAAAUCAAAAUAUGGCUGAAAUGUUCUAAUCUAUUUAAUAUCGAAGAAAUCCGAUGCCAUCGAUAGUUGAUUAUGGCCUGGGUCAGUUAAUUAAUGUCUAAUUAAUAAUUUAGAAAACAUUUCAGGCCUAAAGAAUGACCUGCAAUAGACAGAUUUAGCUCUUGCAUAAUGUAUGUUUAAAUAUAUCUCUAAAUAUAUUGAUGAUUAUUGCACAAUAUUUAUAUAAACA